UGCUAAGGGCGCACAUCCCUCCGAAGGCCACCCACGGAGAGACGCUGGUCCUUUGGGGUCCUGGAGGGCACGGCAGAGCUGCGCGGCCAGUGGUUUCCCGAAUCGUCGGCCCCGGGCCAGCUCAUGGCGGAAGCGCGGGGCCCGCGGCGCGGUGGCGUGCAGCACGAGCUGCUGGAGAAGGUGGCGCGCCUGCAGCGGGGCGCGCGGCACGCGGAGCCCGAGGCAGCGGCGCGCAGGACAGCGGGCGACGGCGGCUCGGGCUCGGGCUUCUGGUGCUGGCGGCGGCUGUUCGCGCGCGGAGCCCGCGGGGCGCGCCGGAGGAAGGGCAAGUUCGUGCGGCCCGGCGCCGCGGCCCCGUCGGAGCGCGGCGUGUGGGCGCCCCCGGCCCUGCAGAGGCUGCUGCAGAGGCUGGCGACGUGGCGGCGGCGCUACCUGCGGAGAGGGGAGCGGCCCGAGGGCCUGGAGGAGAUCCCGCUGCUCGUGCUGGAGCGCGCGCGGGCCGCCGACUAGGGGACGCCCAGGCCCGCCGCGCCCGCACGAACCCCGGCGUCAGUUAGAUUUUGUAAACGAA